CGCCGGCCGUAUAGCAGCAUUUCAGCAACAAUGCAGACCCUCGUCGCAAAGCGGUGCUCGCUCUCCAGACCAGUGCCUCGCACGAAUCGAACUCGUUUUACGCCAAUGGCCCAGGCCAGCACCAAUGAGACGCAAACUCUGAAGCAAGUGGUGCUUAAGGUCACGCCACUGACCCCAGAGAACAUCAAGCCCUUCGGCCAGAUAGUGACAACCUCGGAUGACGGCAAGAUGUUCGAUAAGGAGGACGCGCAGCUCGUGCUGGACAAGGGGACACCGAGGUUUUACAUUAUGAAGCUGCCGGCCCGCGGUCUGCGCUUCCACCGCAUCACCUACCACGGCCAGUGCACCCAGUGCCUCGGGAGCCUGACGCCCGGGCACCCCUGGUACGUGGCCCUGGCGGCGCCCACGCUGUCUUUGGACCAAUGGCCGCGGCCGGAGGACAUCCGUGUGUUCAAAAUCCCCUUUGGCUGCUUCGUCAAGUUCGAGGUCGGCACCUGGCACGCAGGCCCGCUGUUCGCCGCGCCCGGCUCCAUCGACUUUUACAACCUGGAGCUCUCGGACACCAACGUGACGGACCACAACACACACGACUACCGGAGGGACAACGGCAUGGAAUUCGUGGUGGUGGAUGAGGAGCUAGGGGCAUAGAAGGCAGCUGGGUGGCAGUGUGCGGCGGCUAGGCGGCUAGGCGGCUAGGCGGCUAGGCGGCUAGGCGGCUAGGCGGCUAGGCGGCUGAGUGGCUAGCGUUAGGAUUGUUCGGGAGCUAGAGCGGGAGUCGAGAGAGUGAAGGUCUUGACGGGGUUUCUAGCUGGUGUGGCUGAUGGACUGCAGGGGCCUGUGGGGGAUGCGGGGUGUCCCAUGUGUGGAGGUAGAGGAAAAUGCAGGUUUGUUGGUGGCGCGUUGGGGUUGGGGUUGCGUGGCUCGGAUGCCGAGUGUCACGAGCGUGCCUGGAUGGUGUGCUGAUGCAUUGGCAUGAAAGGCAGGUAAUGCCGGCAGGUAAUGCUGGCUGUAGCGAGGCGGGGUGCGACUUGUCACUGCUGUGGUGUCACUGCUAUGGUGUCAUUGCUGUGGUGUCAUUGCUGUGGUGUCAUGUCAGUGCUGUGGUGUCAGUGCUGUGGCGUGCGAUGGGACAGUGUUAAGGCAGGUUGGUGAAGUCCCGUAGGGUGCAGCUAUUUCCCAGACCCCAGCAGAUGGCAAACAAUUUGCAACGGCAGUGCAGGAGUGCGCGGCUGGUCGGACGCCGGAGUUACUGUACCGACAAGUUGCUGGCUGGCUGGGAGUCACUGCUGUGGUGUCACUGCUGUGGUGUCAUUGUUGUGGUGUCAAUAUUGUGGUGUCACUGCUGUGGCGCCCUGACACCGCAGCAUGGCGAGGCAAACAGCGAGAUGGACAGGGGGCGAUCUGCUGGCCAGCCAGGUCGAGUCGGUGAGUCUCCAUCCCUCGAGCGGCCCUGUCGGCCGACAUCGCGAGCAUGAACGAGCAUGAGCGCUGCAAGCAUGUUGUUGCAAAGGUCUGGCAGCCGGGGAAGGGUUGUGCAGGCAGCGGUGUGCGCAGUGCGAGUUGCUGGUUUGCUGGCUCAUUCACACGGCCCCCAGAGGGCACCCGCCUCCGCCUGCUUUGGGAAUGUC